AUGGGCAAGGUAAAGAGACUCGUGGCUGAUAACCCAUUGGUGAUCUUCAGCAAAAAAGAUUGUUAUGUUUGCGACUACAUCAAAUUCGUCCUAAGAAAUUUUGGAGCUAACCCAACUAUAUAUGAGCUUGAUGAAAUUGAAAAUGGGCAACAGGUGGAAGAGGAGCUGCUCAGAUUAGGUCCAAGUGUACCUGUUGUUUUCAUUGGGAAAAAGCUGAUUGGUGGUUCUAAUGAAGUGCUUAGCCUCGGUAUUAAAGGCGAGCUCAAACCACUCCUCAUUGAGGCUAAGGCUAUAUGGAUCUAA